UGCUAAAUGUUACAUUUUGGUCUAUGAAGAUUGAAAGCUUUGUUACAUAAAGAGCUUGACAUCAGGCAGAGAGCAAGGAACCUUCGUUCUAUUCAUCCGUCUCACUCGACCUUCCAAAUUCUGAAGAUGGUAAAAUUGGUGUGAGGUUUAAUUGAGAAGGUUUGUUGGACUCUAAAUUGAAAUGGGCAAGUGGAGAAAUCGUCGACCGCGUAGAUUCUUCUACCAGCGGGAAUAUAAAGAUCCAGCAUCUUCUUACUACGACCAUGAAGAUCCUCCUCCUCCCCAUUCAGGUUUUGUUGAAGAUGGUGUGCCUUCAUGGGAAAAGAGAUUCUGUGAUUUGGUUGGAUCAGUACCAUGGCAGAAGAUUGUGAAUUGUAAGAAGUUUAUGUAUUGCCAUAGUAGUGUAAUCAACUGGAAUGAUUCAGCUGGGGAAGAGGCAUUUCAGAAAGCAAAAGGGCGCUUCUGGGCAGAGAUCAAUGGCCUCCGUUGGGAAAUCUCUCUGCCUGAUCCAGAUAUGUAUGUUGAUGAUAUAAACUGGGAUCCCAAUAUUGAUCCUGACUUGAUAAAGGACUUAGAACAAGCUUUUUUUGCUCCUGAAGAGGGAAAACAGGACAAAAUAGAGCUUGAAAGUGAAAAGACUGGGAACUUCAUGUCUGUUCCUUCAGAAGGAUGGAGCAGGAGUCCAAAUGAAGUUAGAAGUUCUUGGGCAUGUAACAAAAACACAGAAAGUGGUGUUGCAAUGAAAGACAAAGCACAAAGCUGGAGCCAACAGCAUGUUGGUACAAAUAGUCCAAGUAACCUGAAUAAUGAUGAUAAUCCCUGGGAGCAUUUCUCUGCUCAGGAAAAUGAAGCUGCAAAGACCAACACAAGGGGAGGUGGUGGUGAUAAACUACAGGGAUGGAACCACAAUGGAUACCAUGCCAAUCAGUCGAAGGAGUGGAGCAAUAAUAAUUUAAAUAAUGAUGAUAACCCCUGGGAGUGCAGCUAUCCUCAGGGACAUGACGCUACUAAGGGCAACGAAUGGGGAGACUGUAGUGAGAAAUUAUGGGGAAGGAGCCACUGGAGAAACCAAGUCAAUCGGUCAAAGGGUUUGGAUAGUGGUGCCAAUCCUUGGAAGCAAAACAAUCAGGUUUUAGGCCAUGCAAAGAACAAAGCAUGGGGCAAUUUUGAUAAUAUUUCUAGGGGCAAUAAGCAGGAGCUGGGGAAUUCUUGGCAAUGCAACUUUACACAGGGCAGUGAAACUCCAAAAGAUAGAGAAUUGAGAGGUUGGAAACGGUGGGACAACCAUAGCAGAGAGCCAAAAGAUUUGGAAUUUAGACAAAUGGGUGGUGCUUGGGGAACACUGGAUGAUGGUCACCGGAAGAGAGAAGGUACCCAUCAAUAUACAAUAAGCGGUAACAAACAUACAAGGUUUCAAGGGAAUUAUCAUGAAACAAGUCAUCGCUGGAGGGGCGAAGCAACCAACAAGAGGGUAGGUUUUGCAUUUGAGAUCCUCGCAAUGCCACCUCGUAAACCUUACUUCUUCUACGGCCACCGCAAGCCAUCACAAAACCGCCCUGUCGUCCGCGGUGGCCUCUUCUCCAAUCGCCAGACGAUAAAACCACCAACCCUAUCAAAACCCCAAAACCCAAGCUCUCAUUUUGACUUCCAAAAAUGGGACCCUCAAAAUCCAUCACCCUCCAACCCCACAUCUCUAUCCCAAAACCAUUCCCUUUCCUCAGUUUCCCAGCGCCUCUCCCCUAUCUCUCGCUUCAUCCGCGACGCCUUCAGGAUAAACGGCAACCAUUGGGGCCCACCAGUCGUAAAUGAACUACGUAAGCUUCGCCGGGUGACGCCCGACAUUGUAGCCGAAGUUCUGAAAGUCGAAAAUAACCCUCACCUUGCCUCCAAAUUCUUUCACUGGGCUGGUAAGCAAAAAGGGUACCAGCACAAUUUCGCUUCUUACAAUGCUUUUGCUUAUUGUUUGAAUAGAAGCAACUUGUUUCGUUCUGCUGAUCAGUUACCUGAGCUAAUGGAUUCUCAAGGAAAACCACCCACUGAGAAACAGUUUGAAAUUUUGAUUAGAAUGCAUUCUGAUGCGAACAGGGGACUCAGAGUUUUCUAUGUCUAUCAGAAGAUGAAGAAAUUUGGAGUCAAACCCCGUGUUUUCUUGUAUAAUAGAAUUAUGGAUGCUUUAAUUAAAACGGGUCAUUUAGAUUUGGCGCUAUCAGUGUACGAGGAUUUUAAGAGUGAUGGAUUAGUGGAAGACAGUGUUACAUAUAUGAUGUUGGCAAAGGGAUUGUGUAAGGUUGGCAGGAUAGAAGAAGCGAUGGAGAUUUUGGGUAGAAUGAGGACGAAUUUGUGCAAACCGGAUGUUUUUGCAUACACAGCAAUGAUUAGGGUGUUGGUUGGAGAAGGGAAUUUGGAUGGAAGUUUGCAGGUUUGGGAGGAGAUGAAGAGAGAUGGUGUGGAUCCAGAUGUGAUGGCUUACGUGACUUUAGUUACGGGGUUGUGUAAAGGAGGGAGGGUAGUAAAAGGGUAUGAGUUGUUUAAGGAGAUGAAAAAGAAAGGGAUUUUGAUUGAUAGGGCAGUUUAUGGAUUGCUGAUUGAUGCAUUCGUGGAGGAUGGAAAGGUUGGAUCAGCUUGUGAUUUGUUGAAGGAUUUGAUGGAUUCUGGGUAUAGGGCUGAUUUGGGAAUUUAUAAUUCACUUAUUCAAGGUCUGUGCAAUGUGAAGCAGGUCGAUAAGGCUCAUAAACUUUUUAAGUUUUUGGUUCAUGAGGGUCUUGAACCAGACUUUAAUACCGUGAAUCCCAUGUUAGUGUUUUAUUCAGAGACAAAAAGGAUGAAUGAUUUUUGCAAUCUGCUUGUGCAGAUGGACAAGUUGGGAUUUUCUCUUAUUGAUGAUAUUUCCAAAUUCUUCUCAUUUUUGGUCGGGGAGGAAAGAACUAUGAUGGCGUUGGAAGUGUUUGAGGACUUAAAACUGAAAGGUUAUAAUAGUGUUCAAAUCUACAAUAUUCUUAUGGAGGCUUUUCUCAAGAUUGGGGAGGUGAAUAAGGCAUUAUCGCUUUUUAGUGAAAUGAAGGAUUUGAAUUUUGAACCUGACUCAACUACUUACAGCAUUGCAGUUAUGUGUUUUGUAGAAGAUGGAAAUAUCCAACAGGCAUGCGUGUGUCAUAAUAAAAUAAUUGAGAUGUCUUGUGUCCCUAGCAUUCCUGCCUAUUGCUCACUUGCAAAAGGGCUUUGUGAUAUUGGAGAGAUUGAUGAAGCCAUGAUGCUAGUUCGUGACUGCUUAGGCAAUGUUACAAGUGGGCCAAUGGAGUUCAAAUAUACUCUUACAAUUCUUCAUGUGUGCAGAUCAGGUGAUGCUGAUAAAGUGAUUGAAGUGCUGAAUGAGAUGAUGCAGGAGGGUUGUCCUCCCAAUGAGGUGGUAUACUGUGCUAUCAUCUCUGGCAUGUGUAAGCAUGGGACUUUAGAAGAGGCAAGGAAGGUUUUUACAAGUAUGAGAGAGCGCAAACUUUUGACAGAAGCCAAGACAAUUGUUUAUGAUGAAAUAUUAAUUGAACACAUGAAGAAGAAGACAGCAGACUUGGUUCUCUCAGGAUUGAAGUUUUUUGGUCUGGAAUCAAAAUUGAAAGCAAAGGGAUGUACACUUCUGUCAAGUUGAACAGGUACAUCGUUACUAUUAUCUACCACUUGAGAGAAUGCAACAUGUAAUUUCAAGAUGUACCUAAUUCCUACGCUUCUGUCAAGAAGUACACUGCCAGUGACUACCAUUUGAGAGAGCAAUCUGUAAUUUUUCAUUUGCUGUAGAUAUUAUUCGAAUCCAGCAAAUAAAUAUCUGAAGCGUUGUCACAGGAGUGAAGUGCAGAUUUCCUGCAGGAUUGUGAUCCAGUUUUCCCAUGUAUGUAACAAUAUGGUCAGUAUAAAUCUGAUUCAGUCUGGUGACCAGGAGUAUUGUUCUAGCUUACUUGAUCUCCAUGCAUCUCAUAACACCUAUUCAAAUAGGUCAGUUGGAUAAUAGAGCCACUCUGAGAUAACUAUAUGGUAUUGUGCCCGGCAGUGACGAGCUUCAAGUUGGGAGAUGCAUUUUUUACUGCAUAUGGGGAGGCCAGACAGUAGAAAGCAAACCAAUUUAGGGUAGAUGUUGUGAUUUUGGGCUUCAGGACACCAUUAGAUCAGACUAAUUUUCACCCAUACCAUUGCUCAUUCCAAAGUUUCUGGUCUUGCCAUGGAUUCCAACUAUUACGUUGUUUGUUUAGGAACAUUGAAUGCAUUCUGCAGCCCAAAGGGGAGAAGGCGAAGCCACUGAAGUUUUGCUUGAUUAUAAUAAAUUUAUUGCUGAUAGUGGAGAUAACCAAGGAAAUAAAAGGAACAUAAGAAGUCCAUCUCUCUGGUCGAGGGUGCUCUUUGAUUUUCUUAUUUAUGUAGUUUGUCUGCUUGUUUUACCUGAUGCAUCGAAUCCACUAAUGAAUGAGCACAGGAGAACUCAAGUUAUACCUAAAUAUGAUGGCUAGCUGGUUCUACGACUCCCUUUCUCCUACUAAUGUUUUAUUCUCAGAAUUUUUCUUGGCGUUUCACUUGUUUAAACGGUAUUUCAGAGCAGGCAUUCAUGUAUGAUUCAAUGUAAUUUGUAGUACAUAAAGGAAAUAGCUUUUUAAAAGAA